GUGUUCCAUGUACGUGUGUUUUCGCUUUAAAAGUGCAUGUGCAGAUUUCGGUGUGUGCUCUUUAACCAAAAAAGGGCAGACCCCUGCCAGCCAGCUGACGACAACGGUGUGAAUGCAAUGCUACACUAAGUGUGUGUGUGUGUUUGUGUGAGGGAGAGUUUAAAGAGCGAGAAAAAGAGGUGCUUUAAUCUAAAUAUUUUCCCGCGAAUCACGACAGAAGAGCACCACAGCAUUGUGUUCGGUAGUGUGGCUCUCGAAAUCAAAACAAGGAUGUGAAGUGUUAUCACAAUGCACGAUCGUUGCUGAACGCGGAAAAAGAGUCUUUUAAAGUGUGCGUGCGUGUGUGUGUGUGUGCCCAAGUGUACAGCGUAAUAUGUUGCAAAGGGCUUAACUGUGCAGUGCUUGGUUUCUCCUCCCCUCCUGCCCCUAUACCCAUCAUCACCGAUCACCGAAUGAAUCAAAGAGUGGCUCCCGACGACUGUACUCUCCCGUUUAGUGUGUGCAAUUGAUAGGACACGUUCUUAUCAACUUGCAGCAGUAGCAGCAGCAGCAGCAGCAGCAGCAUCAGCUGGAGUAAAGCCGAGCAAGCAGUCGAAUCCGAAAAGUUUGACACUGAACAACGAAAAAGGGACACCAAGCCUCCCAUCAUGGACACAACGAUCGUCGAUCAAAAGGGCAACGCUGGCCUACCGAUCAAGCUGCCAGGUGCACCAUUGAAUCCACCCAUGAUCGAUUCGACGGAAGAUCCACAUCCCAGCCUGUCCGACUGGCACGACUACGAACCGAACCUGGAGUUUGAUGACACCGAGCUGACCCACCCGUCGCCCGAACCGGGCACCACCACCGUGUUUGAUGAUAUCAACUAUUCCGCCGAAUUUGAAAUCCCCUCGGAGGACGAAAUCAUCAAAACUACGCUCGAGGCGGACAACUACGAGGAGCAGCUAACGAUGGUUGGGCACGACGAAAAUGCCAUCCGGAAGGACUUUAAGCGACGAAAAUUCAUCGAAUUCAUCGGCACGGACAAGCAGGGCCAGCCGAUCAUUGCCAUCUACGCCUGCCGGCUGCCGGAGCGGAAAGACCUGAACUCGAAUAUUUUUAUUGAUUUUAUCAUCAAAUCGAUGGAAGAAUUCGUCCAGAAUGACUACAUCAUCGCGUACUUCCACCAGGGCAUGAAGGACAACAACAAACCAGCACUCCAGUUCCUGUGGAAUUCCUACAAGGAGCUCGAUCGCAGCUUCAAGAAGAAUCUGAAGAAACUUUACGUGGUACACUCGACCACCUUUAUCAGGAUGGUUUGGUUCUUCUUCAAACCGAUCAUCAGCGAAAAGUUCAAGAGCAAGCUAAUCUACACGAGCAGUCUGGACGAGCUGAAGCAAUCGCUCGGCCUUAACACGCUGAAGGUUCCGGAUCCAGUGAAAGAAUUCGAUGAAAAAAUUAACAACGGCACCCGGUACACGCUGCGGGGCAGUAAAUCUAGUCUGAAGAGCAGUCGGUCACUCGAGAACCUGCCCAAGUCGGCCCAGUUUGGCGUGUCGCUGCGGUUCAUCAUCGAAAAUAGCGCCUGCCUCAACUGUAUACCGCCGAUCGUGCGAAAGUGCGUCGACCAUUUGUCACUACCGGACGUGGUUGAAACGGAAGGCAUUUUCCGGCGGUCCGGCAACUACGCCCGAAUAAAGGAGCUGCGGGCGAAGAUCAACGCCGGCGACGAGGUGCAGCUCUCCAACGAAGACACGCACGUCGUCGCCUCGCUGCUGAAAACGUUCCUGCGCGAGCUAGAGGAACCGCUGCUCACGUACGAGCUGUACGAAGACAUUACCCAGUUCGGUGAGUGGAAGACGGAAGAGACGCGCUCGCGCAACGUGAAGCAGCUGCUGCGCGAACGGCUGCCGGAGGAAAACUACGAGCUGUUCAAGUACAUCGUCGAGUUUUUGGGCAAAAUAAUGGAGCGCAAAGAUUUCAACAAGAUGACCUCCUCCAACCUGGCGAUCGUGUUCGGCCCGAACCUGAUCUGGCCGAAGCAGGAGCAGAUGUCGCUGGACGAGAUCGGCCCAAUCAAUGCGUUCAUCGACUACGUGCUGCAGCACCAGGACGAUAUCUACUUUGUGGACAUUAACAAAAAGGAUCGCGGUGCGUACGAUUAACAGCGACUGAUUUAAGGGCCGGAUUUGGAGGGGGGUGGCCAGCAGCAGGAGCAGAAGGAGAACACAUUGGAACGUAAACAUUCUACUAUUUCACAAAGCGAUAAAAGUGACGGAGUAUAUCAUAGAGCUGUUUUUCUUCGAUGUAGGGAAGAUGUUUUCCUUGCAAAUCAAUCUAACCUAGCGUAGAGUGGCGCGGCAUACAGUCAGCGUAGCAAACAAAAAACUUAUAAGAUGUAGUAACAGAAAGUGUUAGCUUUAAGGGAAUUGAACACGGGGAGGGAACAAUGUAUGAGAGACUGUGAGUGUGCGUGUGUGCGUGUGUAUAGGUCCUGAGAUUGUGUAUUUGGAUAAGUAUAGUUGUAUUUGAGGGGGGGAAAGGUUUAAAAGGAUGCAUCAUGGUGCACCAGAGCACUGGGUGUGGAUUUCUUUUAGAAGCUUUCCUUUCCCUAUUUUCCCAUUUGUUCUAGUGUUACAAGUGUAAGAUGAUUUUAAAUAUGAAAUUUAAACAAAGAGUGUGUGUGAGAGAGAGAGAGAGAGAGAGAGCGAGUGAGUGCGUGCGUGUGUUAGAUAGCUAUUGUGUAAAUCGGAAUUCGGUUGGAAUUGAUGUUACUGCGAGCAUGAGACCGGGAGCUACAGUCUUUUAAAACAGCCUGUUCUGUUGUGUGUGUGUGUGUGUUGUGUGGAGAAAGGAUUUAAAGGUGUAUAAAGAAAAAGGACAAGAAGCACACGCCGACGCGCAGGUACAGGAGACAAGAAGCAAGAUAGUCAGAGAAUUAUGAAUUGUUGAUCAUUUAUUAUAAUUAUUAUUAUUUUUUAGCAGAAUAUAUUCUAACAAGCAGAGCUCUAGUAGGAUAACGGUGAACCGAAUGCGUAGCGGGAUGAGGAUACAAAACGAAUAGUGAAAAGGAAAUGGUUAACCAUAGUGUGCACACAGCCCCACAGCGUGUCUCCGUGGCCUCAUCGCCAAGCGACACACGCACAUAUCCUCGAAGAGGGAAAACCAAAGAAAAGAAAGGAAACUAUAAACACAAAAUAGCAGAAAAUAGCACAAAACUACUACUACUAUCCGCAUUUGCGGGGUGGAAAAUACAUAGUUUUACACAGUCCCGUCCGUACAACGCCAACAGAGUGUGUGUGUUUGUCCAUGUAGGUAAAUAGAAAGGGAACAGAUAACAACAAAUACACAACCCCAAACUAAAUAGCAUCAUCUCCCAAGCUCUAGUACUAUAAUAGUGUUGUAAAACAAUCAGCAAUAGAGAAAGAGAGAGAGAGAGAGAAGUGUUGUACCGAUUUUAGCAAACAAUUUAGGAACAAACGAGAAAAACUACUAAAAAGAAGGCCAAACACAGUUUUAAUCCCGUGAAUUUUAAUAUUUAACUUUAAACAAAGGAAGGAGAAAAGCAAAAAUGGCAGAAAAACAAAGCAGCAAAACGAAACAAUUGAACCAAGACUAGAAAAAGGGGGUUUGACGUCGAGACGCAAGACGGUAAAAACACAUCCAAACAAGGAAUAUACAAGUAUUAAACUCAAAACUCAAAUCAAUUAUUCAAUGAUAGGGCAUAUUAUGCGACAAAACACACAUACACACACACAAAAGUAUAUCAAAAAACCAUCCAAAAUUCAUGAAAUAUAUAAAGAAACUACUGCUACUACUACCACUACAACAACACUACAUACUAUCUCCCUACUGUAUCCUCGGACUACUGAGAUAAAAACGCAAACGCAACACAAAUUGCGUGUGAGAUUCAAAACAAACAAAACAAACAAACAAACAAACAAACAAAUCAAUAAAUUUACAAAUGUAAUAAACAA